GUAAACGUUUCCUUAACGUAUUUGUUCAUAAAAUAGACUAUGUACCGAAAUUUCAAACGAUCGUAUACAGUAUUGACUCAUACGAUGUAAACGGCCAAGAUCAAGCAAUAAUCAAACAAAUAGGGCUCACAGCAAAUUUUGAAACCUAAUGAAAUGAAAUAAUACAGAAAGCAACUCCUUUACUACCAUUUAUUUACUGAACGAGCCAGUCGGCUUCUGACCUACUUUUGUUCGUAUCGGCGGCGUACAAAGAGUCAAAUGACUUUGUGUCUGCAGUGGCAACCUCGGUGUCUGUGUCUACUAGGAGGAGUCUGGAAUUGGGAACGUUUCUCACUGAAUGUAGUAGACGGCUGCUGGAAUUGUUGUUGAGUUGAUAAAAUCAAAGAAGAUGGCCGGCCGUGCAGUUCUGUUGGCUGGUCCACCAGGCACAGGGAAGACGGCCCUUGCUCUUGCUGUGGCCCAAGAUUUAGGCAGCAAAGUACCGUUUUGCCCAAUGGUUGGUAGCGAAGUGUUCUCCACCGAGAUCAAGAAGACAGAAGUACUGAUGGAGAAUUUUAGAAGAGCAAUUGGUUUACGAAUCAAAGAAAUGAAAGAAGUUUAUGAGGGAGAAGUUACAGAGUUGAAGCCUUGUGAAACCGAAAAUCCCAUGGGAGGAUAUGGGAAAACUGUAAGUCAUGUUGUGAUUGGCCUGAAAACUGCAAAGGGAACCAAGCAACUGAAACUAGAUCCAUCAAUAUAUGAGAGUUUACAAAAAGAGAAGGUUGAGGUUGGUGAUGUCAUCUACAUUGAAGCCAACAGUGGAGCAGUCAAGAGACAAGGUAGAUCAGACACUUUUGCAACAGAGUUUGACCUUGAAGCCGAAGAAUACGUACCUCUACCGAAAGGUGAUGUUCACAAGAAGAAGGAAGUGAUCCAGGAUGUAACAUUGCACGAUUUAGAUGUUGCCAAUGCCCGGCCUCAGGGCGGUCAAGACAUCAUGUCCAUGAUGGGUCAGCUGAUGAAACCAAAGAAGACCGAGAUCACGGACAAACUGCGCAAAGAGAUCAACAAAGUGGUGAAUAAGUACAUUGACCAGGGCGUUGCUGAGCUGGUGCCCGGCGUUCUGUUCAUCGACGAGGUUCACAUGCUAGACAUCGAGUGCUUCACCUACUUGCACAAGGCGUUGGAGUCUUCUCUGUCACCCAUCGUUGUCUUCGCCACCAACAGAGGAAAAACACCAAUCAGAGGGACCCAGGAUAUUGUGUCGCCUCAUGGUAUGCCACUUGAUCUGUUAGAUCGUGUGAUGAUCAUUAAAACGCUUCCAUAUUCGCAGAUGGAUGUAAUACAGAUUUUAAAGAUAAGAGCACAAACUGAAGGCAUUCAAAUAGGAGAUGAGUCAGUGCAGUUGCUAGGGGAGAUAGGCACUAAGACAACACUCAGAUAUGCUGUGCAACUUUUGACGCCAGCAAGUCUCCUGGCCAAGGUUAACGGCAAGGAUUCGAUAGGAAAGGAAGAAAUUGAAGAAAUCAAUGAACUUUUCUAUGAUGCAAAAUCAUCUGCAAAAAUCCUUGCUGCCCAAGAGGAUAAAUACAUGAAAUGAUUCGCAGUGCAUUUUGUAAAAGACAUCACAUUACACUUUAGUAUUAAUCAAAAUAUGCUAGAAAAGUACCAUCAAAGCUGCUACUAAAGUACAGUAUACAGUGCUCCCCAGUUUCCCCCUCACAAA